GUUGCUGCUGCUGCUCUUGUUGCCGCCACUUGUUGCGCUGUCCACAGACCUCGGCAAUAAAAAACACCUUGGAUCGGUGGCACAAAUUAUAGACAGCAAAAAGUAGAUUAAAAACUGGAAUAAGUCACUUCUAAAACAAAUUUCAUCUUUUCCUUGACUCAAUUAUGUUCUGGGGAAUUCCUUGUGCUAACCCAACUUGGAUGUAUACUCCCAAGAAUACACCUUCAGGAUUUGCAAUAGAAGAAACUAUCCCCACUGGCUCUAAUGAUGACAAAGAUGAAAAAGCCAGAAUCUGGUGCUUCAGCAGCAGCCAACCCUACUUCCUCUGCAGAUUAUGAUUAUCUUCUUAAGUUCUUGGCAUUAGGAGAUUCUGGAGUAGGCAAAACAAGUUUUCUGUAUCAGUACACAGAUAAUACAUUCGUCUCCAAAUUUACUUCAACAGUAGGAAUUGAUUUCCGAGAAAAACGAGUUGUCCAUCGGAUACCUAGUGCUGAUGGAACUGUGGGACGAAGUCAAAGAAUUCAUCUUCAGUUAUGGGAUACUGCUGGCCAAGAAAGGUACCGUAGUUUAACAACAGCAUUCUUUCGUGAUGCAAUGGGUUUUCUUGUUUUAUUCGAUCUGACAAAUGAAAAAUCAUUUAUAAAUAUUCGGAGUUGGUUGACCGAGCUACAGACGCAUGCAUACUGUGACAAACCAGAUAUUGUUUUGAUUGGAAAUAAGGCUGAUCUUGAAGAUGUACGCAAAGUCAGUGAGCAGAAAAUCUAUAAACUUGUAGAAGAAUACAAUUUAAUAUAUUUUGAAACAAGUGCUUCUACAGGCCAAAAUGUGGCCAAGGCUGUUGAGUGCCUUCUGGAUAAGGUAAUGAUAAGUAUGGAGCAGUGUGUUGAUAAAAAACUACUACCUUUUAAACAAGGUAAUUAUAUGAAGGACACUAGCCAACAGAAUGGUGCUGAGUUAGACUAUCUGGACAACUCCAAAAAAUGUGGCUGUUAAGUUCAAUUAAA